UUUGCAGGCUGUUUGGGAAUACUUAAAACGGGCGCAGAGCCCUACUCAAGAAUGUGCAGUUUUCAGAGGGGCGGAGACAAGCUCGCUUUCCAUCCACAGUUGAAGCGGCGUCUAUAGGCAGGCACACUGUAAGCCGCUGGAUAAUUAACUUUACAAUAGGAAACAACGCGGAUCUCUCUGGGCUCCUCUGGGCCACGAUGGCUCCAUGUUUUUCGGUCGUGAGUCGAGGCACGCAGCCCGGCAGGCGUUUUUCUCGGUGCUGCCGAGCUCACCAGAACCGUCCAUGGUGAAGUGACACUGGGACUCGAACAAGUGACCCGCCUAACAAGAGUUUUAAGUGCGGCUGUUUGAGACAGAGACGCAACGUUGUGCGCAGGAGAGGAGGAGACGCCGCGGGGUCCAUUAAGCAGCCUGUGCGUAAUGUUCAAGCGCCUCCACCGCGGCUGCUUCACCGCGGGGAGGCUGUGAAAAGUGGACUGUCUGGUUUGUUUUCCUGCAUCCACACUUCCAGCCUGCAUGGAACAAAGUGUGCUUUCUGUCACAUAACGUGCGCAGCGAGGUAGAUCCAGCUUUUUAUAUGUAGCAGCGUUUUCUACCCAAGUUCGAGUCCAGCUUCUCCCGAAAUCAUGAGGACCACCGAGGAGACGGAGGGCUUUGACGGCGAGGCCUCCAACACUUCCAUGAUCUCCGGGGCCAGCAGCCCGUAUCAGCCCACCACCGAGCCCGUCCAUGCGCGGAACGUGUUGGGGGGCAUAAGGUGCGACGUGGAGUACCUCAAGUCGUACUUUGGGAUUUUGAAGGUGGUGGAAGUGGUCCUAUCACUAAUUGCGUUCAUCUGCAUAGAGACUAUCAUGAUGUGUUCCCCAUGUGGAGGCGUCUACUUCUUCGAGUUUGUCAGCUGCAGUGCCUUUGUGGUGACAGGGGUCCUCCUCCUGAUCUUCACCCUUAACCUCCACACCAAGGUGCCCCACAUUAACUGGAGCCUCACGGACCUGGUUAACACUGCUGUCAGCGCCUUAUUCUUCUUCUUGUCAUCUAUCGUGCUAUCCUGCAUCAACCACAACACUGGAGCUGAAAUAGCAGCAGUGAUCUUUGGCUUCCUGGUGACAGGUGUGUAUGGAAUAAACACCUUCCUGGCGGUUCGGAGGUGGCGCCGUGGCAACGGGUGUCAGGGGGCGGCUCAGACCAGCGAGUACAUUCGAGCACGUACGGCAUCUCGUGGCGAGAUGGAGUCACGACCGGAGCUUGCAUGAGCGCUGGCAGACAAUCAGACAGACUAAAUGAAAGCCACACUACGGGCAGCUGACUGAGAUGGACUCAUGCUCUGCCUUGAGAACAGUAUUUCAUUCAAGCCCUGUGUGGAGCAGCCGUCUCAGGCUCACCACAUGGCUUUUUUUUGACUCCUCGUCGCAAUACUUCAGCUGCACGAUGUGAAUCAAUCUUCAUUCCAAAGCCACAGAUGAGCUCUUUGGCUUCGUUUAUCAGUACUCCUGGCUGCUCCUAAAGACACAUAAAGACUCUAUCGUGGGUCAAAAUUGAAGGUAUGCUUUGUUUUUUGUUUUUUUUUAUUUCCACAUAUCUUUUUAAAACCAGGACGAAGGACGACUUCCUGGAAGACUGUGCAUCAACUCCUGUUCAGGCGUAGAUGUUGACUUACUACAAAGUUUUGUCUUUCACUGUGAAUGAAGAAGGAUUUGUACAGUUUGCUUAUGUCAUGCCGCUGCUUGUGAGGUCUGUGGUAAUAAAUGUGAGUGUGAGUCCAGAAACCAACUGUACAGCAGAAGCACUAUGACAUUAUUGCUGUUUCUUACAACCUCUGGCUUCUAUAUGUGAGCAAGGCUGACAUUCGAUAUUUUUUUGUCUACACAUUAUACAUGCUGACAAAAAGUGUGUUUCUCCUUUAAAAAUGCAUUUGACCUUUAGCCACUAUUAAUAUAUCUGCAGUCAGCAAAUAUACAGCAACAGUACAGGGUCAUUCCUAACUGCAGGAUGCACAUCAUGACAACAUCUGGUCGCAAUAUUUUUAAAUGGAUGAAAAAACGUACUUCUUUUGAACACAAACGCAUCCAGUGAGUUUGAUGCAAUUACAAAUAAAAAUCCACAUUCCAUCCGCUUUGUUCCAGGUUGUGUGUAAAUGAUCUGAAAAACACUCCCAACUAGCAUUCUUAAAAUUUUUUACUUUGAGACACACUGCAAGCCAGGAGGAGGUUUUAAUCGCACAAGGUUAAGCUAAUUGGUACCAUGUUCCCUUUACACACAUCCAGAGCUUCAAGUAACUCAAAUUUUAACAGUGCAUCAGUGAAACGGUCAAUAUCAUCGCCCUUAAUCUCUCCAUGGUAUCUCAGGUACUGACACUCCUUCCAUCUUUAAUUCUUAAAAAAAAUAUUUGAAAUGAACUCACAGGGUGCCUCGACCUGAACGCUGUACAUCUUGAUGCCUUCCUAAUUAUCACACAUGAUGAGACUGUCCUAGACAAAUGGAAUUAACCGGAGUUAUAUUGAGCGUUGUCAGUUUUCACUCUGUAUUUGGUUGACUUAAAAUCUUUGUAUAUGUAUCUACAAUAUAUUAUCACACCCUUCAUGUACUAUAAUAUCUCUAAUCAUUUCACACUACAACAGAUGUAAAGCUCAUGCAUACAGAUUUAUCACUCCUUUAAUGUUCUUUUUUUUCUUGUUUGGCCAGUGUACCUGCAGCAAACAGUCUUAAUCUUGAAAAAUAACAUCUUAUUUGCUUUUUAGCAUGAAGAAUUAAAUGUCAGCUUGAUUUCUGGUGUGUUACCUUGUUCUAAUGUAUUGAAUCUACCUGAUACCUCUUUAGGCUUGGUUUUCUUGGUUGUGACUCUAUGAUGCCAUCUCCUGGUCUUGAUCUAAAUUGUAUUUCUUGUGACUUCAGUAGAUAGACUACAGCCACAUCAUUAUAGCAGAAUGUGUGUAUGAAGGAAAGACCAGAAAUCUACCUGAAUGUGGGUUAAUAUGAAAAAUAACAAACUGUACGGCUUUUUAUUUGAAAACAGCCUCGAAACGCUUGAUUAAUCAGGCGUUUCUCAUGUUUUAAGUAACUUAUAAUAUGUUCGCUUUCUAUUUCUCUUUUGGUUCGGUGACUGAAGUAGUUGUAUGAAAAGACAAUCACGUUUGUAUUUAUGUCUGUCCCUUGCAUUGAUAGAUUUGUUUUUGACUGAUACUGUCACAAUGUUCACUUAAACAUUUGUACAGCAACAAAAUCAUGCAAGUGCAUUAUUGCUAUUUGAUGCUAUAAACUGACCGUAAUAUUUGUUGAAAGCUACCAAGCUGCAGCUCUUUCUGUGUACAGCUUUGUGCUACAAUAUGAUAAAAAAAGAAUUUGUAUUUAUGAGAAAGAAAAGAAAGGCUUUCUGCUAGUUUCCAGAUUGUGAUGUAAACUGCAAACAUGAUUAGUCUGAGGAUAAUCAGAGAUGAAAUGUACCUCUGUUUUAUAAUGAUUCUGUGUGCUUUUGUUAAUAAUCAUCAGAGGGUCUGUCUUGUACAGCAUGGAGCCGUACUUAGCUGUAUUUUUGUAUUUAAAACAUUCUGAAUAAGGCUUCACAUCAGUUUAUAGUGACAAUUUAAAUAAAGUGACAGGAUUGAAAAUAA